GUGACGCAUUUGCGUCUCCGUACGGUCCUGUACGCAGUUAAUAAAAAGUCCCCCUCUUUUCUGUGAAAUAAUAAUUGUUAUUGAAGAAAUCUGAUGACAAAUUAUUGACAAAAUGAUGGGGAAAGGAAUUAUUGGAAGAAUGUUUGUGGUCAAACGUGAUGGACGUAAGGAGGAGGUCCACUACGACAAGAUCACCUCCAGGAUCCAGAAACUCUGCUACAACCUGGACAUGGACUUCGUGGACCCUCCUGCAAUCACCCUGCGAGUGGUCAGCGGUCUGUACUCCGGUGUCACCACAGUCGAGCUCGAUAAUCUGGCAGCAGAGACAGCAGCCACAAUGACAACAAUUCACCCAGACUACGCAGUCCUAGCAGCAAGAAUAGCAGUGGCAAAUCUCCACAAGGAGACGAAGAAGAGUUUCAGCGAGGUAAUGAGGGACCUCCACAACGCCACAGAUCCCAUAACCCAGGAGCACACCCCAGUAAUCAGCAAACACCACAACGAAAUAAUCCAGAAGCACGCAGAGAGGCUGGACUCAGCGAUAAUCUACACCCGAGACUUCAGCUACAAUUACUUUGGCUUCAAAACCCUGGAGCGCAGUUAUCUGCUGAAAAUCAAUGGCAAAGUCGUUGAGAGGCCUGCCCACAUGCUGAUGAGAGUGGCAGUUGGAAUACACGAGGAGGACAUCGACAGAGUCAUUGAGACGUACAAUUAUCUGUCCAAGAGAUACUUCACUCAUGCCUCACCAACGCUCUUCUCAGCCUGCACUUGCAGACAACAGAUGUCCAGCUGUUUUCUGCUGACAAUGACUGAGGACAGUAUCGAGGGCAUCUACGACACCCUCAAGAGGUGUGCACUGAUAAGCAAGUCAGCUGGUGGUGUUGGAGUCAAUGUUCACUGCAUCAGAGCCAAGGGCACGCGAAUAGCUGGCACCAAUGGGGUGUCCAAUGGACUUGUGCCCCUGCUUCGUGUUUACAAUAAUACAGCGCGUUACGUUGAUCAGGGGGGUAACAAACGCCCUGGGGCAUUUGCCGUCUAUCUCGAGCCGUGGCACGCUGAUAUCUUCGAUUUUCUGGAUCUCAAGAAGAAUACAGGAAAAGAGGAAUACCGAGCACGUGAGCUAUUCUACGCCCUGUGGAUACCCGAUUUGUUCAUGAAACGUGUCCUGGCAGACGGUCCCUGGAGUCUGAUGUGCCCCCACGAGUGUCCAGGCCUCUGUGACACUUGGGGUGAGGAAUUCGAUAAGCUGUACACAAAGUACGAGGAGGAGGCUCGUUACAAGCGUCAAGUGCCAGCCCGGGAGCUGUGGACAGCAAUUCUAAUGUCACAAGUUGAGACUGGAACUCCCUACAUGCUGUACAAGGAUGCCUGCAACAGGAAAUCCAAUCAGAAGAACCUUGGAACAAUAAAAUGCAGCAACUUGUGCACCGAGAUCGUUGAGUACUCGAGCCCCGAUGAAGUUGCUGUCUGCAAUUUGGCAUCGAUAGCAGUCAACAUGUUUGUGGAUCCAGUGAAGAAGACCUAUGACUUCGACAAACUCAAGACAGUCGUCAAAGUUGUCACCAGAAAUCUCGACAGGGUCAUCGACGUCAAUUACUAUCCAGUUGAGGAGGCAAGAGUCUCCAACAUGAGACACCGUCCCAUGGGAAUUGGAGUUCAGGGUCUGGCAGAUGCAUUCCUACUGAUGCGUUAUCCAUUCGACAGUGAUGAGGCCCAGAAACUCAACAUCCAGAUCUUCGAGACCCUCUACUAUGGUGCCCUGGAGGCAUCCUGUGAACUCGCCCAAGAGAAGGGUACUUACGAGACGUACAAAGGCUCGCCAGUCAGCCAGGGCAUCCUCCAGUACGACAUGUGGGGUGUCACACCGACAAACCUCUGGGACUGGGCUAAACUCAAGGAGAAAAUAUCUCAACACGGGGUCAGGAACUCUCUGCUACUGGCACCAAUGCCAACAGCAUCAACAGCCCAGAUCCUGGGUAACAACGAGGCCAUCGAGCCCUACACCAGCAACAUCUACUCCAGGCGUGUGCUGUCUGGUGAAUUUCAGGUCGUCAAUCCCCAUCUGCUGAGGGACCUCACUGAUCGCAAUCUCUGGGACGAUCACAUGAAGAAUCUGAUAAUAGCGAAUAAUGGGUCAAUUCAGAGUAUUGAGGAAAUACCAGCAGACCUCAAGGCACUCUACAGAACAGUCUGGGAGAUUCCCCAGAGGAUGAUCCUCAAAAUGGCUGCUGAUCGCGGGGCUUUUGUCGAUCAGUCACAGUCACUCAAUGUUCACAUGGCCAAUCCAACCACUGAGAAACUCACGUCCAUGCAUUUCUUCGGUUGGGAAGCUGGAUUGAAGACUGGAAUGUACUAUCUCAGGACUAAACCUGCCACCAAUGCCAUUCAGUUCACUGUCGACAAGACGAGGCUCAGGGCGAAUAAACCGGCCAAUGUGGGCAAUGAGUCCUUGGAUGAGUCUCUCAACAAGUCACUCAAUGCCUCCAUCAAUGCUUCCCUCAAUAAGUCUCUCAAUACCUCGGCCAAUACGUCGCUUGAGGAUCCUGCUCUCGUAUGCUCGAGGGAGAAUGGCGAUGACUGCGUGGCCUGCAGUGGAUGAGUACUAUUUAUUUUUUUACCCACAGUAUUUUUGAAUAAGCCCUGGUUAAGCUGUAUUUUAAGAUAUUUCUCGAGUUUUUGGAGGGGGCUGUGAAUUUUUUGUACAACGCAGUUGAUCUGUCAUUAUUAUGUGGAGAAGAAUAAAAGUUUGGAUUUUGUAA